GAAAGAAUGUUCUAGAAGCAUAAGUUUACUGGAGUAUAACAGAUAAUUCUUCAGCUCUUCUUCAUGAAGCUGAGUUAGCAUCAGAUUACGCUUCAUGUCAGUAGAAAUGGACAGCAGCAGUUUUAUUCAGUUUGACGUGCCCGAGUACAGCAACACAGUUCUGAACCAGUUAAAUGAACUCCGCCUUCAAGGAAAACUGUGUGACAUCAUUGUGCAUAUUCAGGGCCAGCCAUUCCGAGCCCAUAAAGCCGUCCUUGCUGCCAGCUCUCCCUAUUUUCGUGACCAUUCAGCAUUAAGUACCAUGAGUGGCUUAUCCAUCUCAGUGAUUAAGAAUCCUAAUGUCUUUGAACAGUUGCUCUCAUUCUGUUACACUGGAAGAAUGUCCUUACAGCUGAAGGAUGUUGUCAGUUUUCUCACUGCUGCUAGCUUUCUUCAGAUGCAAUGUGUCAUUGACAAGUGCACACAGAUCCUGGAGAGCAUCCAUUCAAAAAUCAGCAUUGGGGAUGUCGACUCUGUAACCAUUGGUGCUGAUGAGAACUCAGAAAACCGCAAUGGAGUUAAAGAGAGCAGCUUCUUUGCCAACCCAGUAGAGAUCUCGCCUCCAUAUUGCUCUCAGGUGCGUCAGCCAACAGCUGGUAAUGAUUUACGGAUGGAGGCAACUCCAAGCAAAUCUCUGCGUGGCCGCUUGCAAGAAGAAGGCCACUCAGACCGAGGAAGCAGUGGAAGUGUCUCCGAGUAUGAGAUUCAGAUAGAAGGUGACCAUGAACAAGGGGACCUGAUUGUGAGGGAGAGCCAGAUCACAGAGGUGAAAGUGAAAAUUGAGAAAUCAGACCGACCCAGCUGUUCAGACAGCUCUUCUUUGGGUGAUGAUGGCUACCACACUGAGAUGGUAGAUGGUGAACAAGUGGUGGCAGUGAAUGUAGGUUCCUAUGGCUCUGUGUUACAACAUGCAUACUCCUUUUCCCAAGUAGCCUCUCAAUCAUCUAGUAUGUCAGAAACUUUUGCAAACCUGAGCAACUCCAGUCCAUCCAGGUCCAUGCUAAGUUGCUUCCGAGGGGGCCGGGCCCGCCAAAAACGCCCUUCCUCUGUUCAUCUACAUAGUGAUCUGCAGAGUUUGGUACAAGGGUCAGAUGGUGAAGCUCUUGUGAAUAAUCCUGGGUAUGAGAAUAGUCCCCGGGAAAGGAGUGCACGAGGCCACUGGUAUCCAUAUAAUGAAAGGUUGAUCUGCAUUUACUGUGGGAAAUCUUUUAACCAGAAGGGGAGCCUUGACCGGCAUAUGCGACUCCAUAUGGGAAUCACCCCUUUCGUUUGCAAGUUCUGUGGUAAGAAGUACACACGAAAGGACCAGUUGGAGUACCACAUCCGUGGCCAUACUGAUGAUAAGCCUUUCCGCUGUGAGAUAUGUGGGAAGUGCUUUCCUUUCCAGGGAACACUCAACCAGCACUUGCGGAAAAAUCAUCCAGGUGUGGCUGAAGUUCGCAGUCGCAUUGAGUCCCCAGAAAGAACAGAUGCAUAUGCAGAACAAAAAAUAGAGAAUGAUGCCUCCAACUCUGAGGUGGGGCUAGAUUCCAGUAUGGAAAUUCACACAGUGUCUAAUGCCCCUGAUUAAGAUAUUAAAUAAGUGCAUCCCAAACAAAGCACACUCAUCAAUGCAUUUAAAAAUUUUUUGCUAUAGGUAACUCAGCCCAGUCACUGACCUGAUCACCUUGAAACCUAGUAGGUGCACAGUAAAUUUUCCCAAGGUUUCUAGAUAGCACACUUUGCCAUUUUUGUUCUUUGCUUCUAAGGAAAUUUGGGUAUAUGUGUGUUGAAAGAGCUUAGAAUCCGAAGGGCCAAAAAUACAGGGAAAACAUGGGCUAAAGCUAUUCCUCUGGAUGAAUUAUUCUGGCAGUAGCACAGCUAAGCCAAUUGGGUUCACCCUACCUUUACUACCCAGGGGCAUAUAUUCUCUCUUAGUGUGCAUGUAGGUUUCUAUGUAUGUGCAUGGAGAGAGAAUGUUAUGUGAUCUGAUGAUUACCUUUUAGAGUUGAAAAUUACUUUUUUUGGUAGUUAGAAAAUUUAUACAUAUAUAUAUAUAAUAAAGCAUUUAUUAUAUAUAUUACAUAUAUACAUUCUUAAAUUUGCUUUUAUUCUGGUUGAGGUGAAUGCAAGAGGAAUAUGUAAGUUAAUAUAGUGUGUACAGGGCUUUUUGACUCUUAAUCUCAUCUCUACCUAAUAUAUUUUAAGAUCUUGCUCCUUAUCCCUUGAAGAAUGUUAUUUGGUUUUCUGAUAUAUUAAUCAUAGCGUCCAAAAGUCUCAGCAAAGCAAAUGAUACUGUUUUUUAUAACUCCACUUCAUAAUGAACACAUAAACCAAAUGCCAUAAAUCUAUUCAACUCUAGUUAGAAUUGUUUGGAAUUUUUGUUAGUUGUCCAGUAGGUAAGCUGGAUGACAUGUGGUGCUGCCCUUUUUUACACAAGUGUAAUGUAAUUAUUAUCCAACCCUAAAGUAACAGUGGUUUUAAAUGUUUUUACUGGCCUAAGAAUCUACCUUCAUUUCGUACUGUAGAAACCUAAAUACCAGGUAAUUAAAUCAAAUCACUCUACAUGAUGAGUUGCUACUCUUACUAAAGGAAGAAGGGGUUGUAACUCUGAUUAUAUCUCCACACAGUGUUGAUAUAUUUUUUUGUUGUUUUCUCCAAACAGCCAGUUCAGGUGCAUAGUAACUUUCUAUAUUGCGGUUCCUUGUGAAACUGCGAAACUUGGAAAUUUGUACUUUUUGUAAAGAUAUAUUCUAUGGGAAUCGCAAGCAAUAUGUCUAUCUUGUGUGCUACAUAAAGCCACAUGGCUUCCCCAUUCUUUCAGUGGCUAAUCAGUGUUUCCUGCUUAAAGAAACCAACCAUAAGAAACCCUCUUUAAGAUACUUUGUGUGUGUCACCAAAUUAUUUGUGUGUCACCCAUGUUUGUUUUAUGUGGUGCUACUUUUAUGUUUAAUAUCAGUUAGGUCAGUAUAAUAUAGAAAAUGUGAAACCUAAUGAUGAUAGUGAAUUAUAAGCAACAGGUUGUUGUUGUUUUUUUUUCUUUUUCUCUUUUUAGUUUGUUUAGAAAAGAGACCUCAAAAUCUUGUGCUGGCAAACACGUUACUAUAUGAGAACAGUGGUCCCUAUUUGAAGAUUUUUAUUCAUGAGGAAAUGUUUUUAGUUUUCUACAGAGUACUCAAUAUGUACUUAUAGUGUACCAAAAUACGCUUUACAGAAAAAAACAAAAAAAAAAAACCUCGAUUUGGUUUGGUACUGUACAUUCUGGUUGAUCAAGAGCGAGUCAUAAGUCAUGAGCAGCUGCUCUGGAGGUCGCCAUGAGAAUGGCCAGUCUUCUAUAACUCCUUUCUGAAAUAGUAACUUAGCUCUGCAGACUUCUUAUGGAAAAACUUCUCAGCUAAAGAAGAGUAAAAUGAUUUUUAAAAAUGAGCUGUGAUGUAGUUUACAGAAUUACCAAAAAAUUUUUAAAAAUUUAUAUAUAUAUAUAUACACACAUGUGUGUAUGUAUACAAAAAGUAUACAUACAUAUAUGUUUGCUGGUUUGCAAUGCUUUUGUGGCUCUUAUAACUUAUAACUAAUAGUGGGGUGUUUUUUUUUUUGUUGUUGUUGUUUUGUUUUGUUUUCAUUUUUAAGAAAAAAGAAAUUCAAGCCCUUGUCCAUAAUGACCCCUUAUGGGGUGUGGCUGUAUGGUAGCUGCUUUCUUUAAAAUGGUGUCUGCUAACCUUGUAACCAGCUGCACUAUGGAUCAGUGUUACUACAUACAGAUUACACUAUAAAUCCAGCUGCUCCAGAGGAGUAGCUUUUAGCUAAAUCGGGUAUAUAAUAUGCCUUUUUUCCUCUUAAAACUGCCUAAAUAAGGGGUUUGUUCUCUCCCUGAAGCACUUGUGUAACUCCUGUUAAAAGCCUUGUGCCUCACGGGGAGACUGGACUCUUAAGUGUUUACCCAAUUAAAUACAUUCUGGGGUUUCAGGUAAAUGUUUGUGGUGUUCUUUCUUACAUGAAUGAAUUUUUGUUUUGUUUUGUUUUGUUUUUUAAAGAAAUUAAAUGCAAAAAAAAAUUGUGUUUUGAUACAACUAAGUAUGUGACAAGAAAUGGCCAAAUCAAGGACACGGGAGGUUGGCUCAGGGAACCCCCCUUCUCCUUUCAACCCCUUGGGUUGGUUUCCCUAGUAUUUUGUGUGAACUAAGGCAAGUUAGGAGAAGGGAAGUUUGGGCGGCACCUUAUAUGUCCUGGCUCUUGUCAUUGUGUCACAGUCUUAACCUUAUUUAAAUGGAGUUCUUUGUAUUUGUAAAUCUAUUAAACUGGUUUGAGUUUACCAAAGAGUGACUUAUCCAAAAUUGUCUCUGACAAAAAAUAUAUAUAUAUAUACAUAUAUAUAUACACAUUACUUUGAUUGUACAGUUCAGGUUCAAAACAUUGUAAUGGGACUGUUAAGGGGCAGGAAAUUGAUUCAUUUUCUCGAUAAUAAUCAUGAUUCAACAUUUUUGCAAGUUCCACUUGCCUCCCAUUCAUGUUGCUAACACUUUACCCUUUCCACUGCUAGCAGUGUUAAGAAUGAAUUCUCAAGCCAUAAUGCAGUACUGUAACCACUCAGCAGUGCUGUGGAGAACACAGACAUAUAGACCAGCUUAGGGCUCAUCUUUUGGAGCAUUCUUAAGGUCACACUACCCAGUGUGAAGUCUAGUAGAAGGUGAACUUCCAAUCUGGCAGCAGCAGUUAAUUGUGCCUUGUCACAUGAGAAUAUGCCAGGGGGGUUAUCAAGACCACAAUCUAGAAACAUUGUCUCCCUGAAGUUCAUUUCAUGACUCCUCAAAGAAGAAAUAUGCUGAGUGGUAACUGCUUAAAGCAACUUUUUUUUAAAAGUACAGUACCUAUUUCUGUACAGUUUGGGGAAUAACACAGUACUGUUUUACAUUUCAUUUAUAACAGAUGCAGAAGUCAAUAAAAUACAAGUGAUAUGUGAAAUCUUUUAACAGUGAAAUAUAUCCUGAAUUCAUAUAGGCUUGUUCAUAAUUGAGUCUCUUCUUGAGCUACCUUUUUCAAUAAAUAGACAAUGUGAAGACAGUGACGGUGUCCUUUUCUAUAGAUAUUUAACCUGUUAUUACAAACUGUGAAAACAAAGAACUUUAUACUUUUGCUAAUGUUUGUGGUUUUAAAUAGUUACUUUGGGUCUCCUAAUCUGUUUUCUAUCAUAUCAUUUCUACGAAAUCUGUAAAGUACAUUUAGAAAUUAUAUUUGUAAAUACAACAUAUUAUAUGUUUCAUUUAUUUUACUGAGUAGAAAGAUUCAUGAUUGGAUUCUGCCUUUAAUUUUUGUUGUAUUAACAGAAAGGAUACUGUCAGUUCACUGUUAAGCAAAAAUAUACUGUAGAACUAAAUUGAUUUCUAGGAUUCUUCUCAGGCAUGAGUAGGAAACUCAUGUUUUCCAAAACAUAACCAAGUCUUCACUUUGCUCUUAGCCCAAAUGGUAAGGCCUGUGUUAUAAUUUAAAAAGAAAAAAAAAGCCCAAAGCAUGGGAAGAACUUGCAGAAAUAAAAAAUAAGGGCUGGGUAGGGGAGGGUAAGAAUUUAUGUGAAUGAGCUUUACUUUAAAGAAAUCAGUGUAUUUUAUUUGAAUAGCUUUUUAUAUUAGUUACUGUGAUUCUUUUAUUACGGUAUUCUGAAAGGGUUUCCUGUGAAGCCUCCUGAAAGGGACUCAAAUAUGCAACACCGAAUCUAUUUUCCAAGGAAGUAUUCUCCUUGGAUGGUGCUUCUAGACUGGUCAGGGUUAUUUAUUAAAUUUUAUAUAUGAAAAGUAUUUGGGAAUUGUGUAAAUCUUUAUAUAAAUCUAGUUCAUAAAUCAUAGAUUUCAUAAUUGCUCAGUGCAACUGAACUAGAGGUUCAGGAAAGUCAUUCGCUUUGUUCCAAGUUUAUAAUGGCUAUUGUGCAUUUUUUACAUAUCUUGUUCAAAAAGUGCCAGUGUGGUUUAGCUGCCUCUACCCAAUAUGGGACUCCCCAGGCCAGGCAAUGACCUGCUUUCUCAGGAUUCUUGAAUCUGUGUGAAGACUGCUCGGCCUAGCUGAAAAGGGAGCCUGGGAUGCCCCACACUGUCCCAGUAUUUUGAUCAAGUGGAGCAAUGAGCCUUGCUUAGGAUUCACUAAGCAUCUGCCCUAGUGGCAGCUAUAGUAAACAAACCUCAAUAUCCCUCCUCAACAAGUAUGCUGUGAAUUCAGUCUUUGGACUUGUGUCCAAGGUCUUGGUUGUUGCCCUGACUAUAUAGUAAGAGGUGAAUUAAAUUGGUUUGUUAUGAGAAUAACCAUUUAUUAAUGUGAAAAGUAUCUCUGGCCACUUUUUUUGGUAGGGCUAACAUUCUCCAUUAUAAAUGGUGGAACAAUCAGAAUGAUUUAACUCUCAGUGUCAUUAUCUUGCAAUAUAAACUGGUAACCUCACAAGUCCCCACUUCAUCGCCAUGUGAAGUAAUGAAGCUAGCUAAGCUGAUGCUGUCAGGAUAGUAACUUGCCAUAAGGAUUCUUUUAUAAGCAUGAAUUUAAACUAUUUAUUCAAAUGCUAUUUUACUCUUGUACCCAUUGGGUUUUAGAUUUGUGACACAGAUACUUCAGUGCUGCUUAAUUUUGUUUGGAUGAAUUAUUGGUCCUUGCUUGUAAAUGGCUUUUUUUUUAUGGUAUCAAUAAAGUCAAUGGAAAUUGCUGUUUGUAAAUAAAAAUGCUUAUAGAGCAAAA